GUUGAAGAUUGCAUACCAUUUUUCAACGCUUGGUUCAUGAGCCAGCCGGCGACGACGGUGCGGCGCGAGAAGGUCGAGGUGGUGUUCUCGACCAAGACGAAGGUGCCGACGUCCGUGCGUAAGGAGGAUUCAACACCGUCACACGAGCUACACACCAGCACCGGUAGCGUGAACAGUCGGCAAGAUUCGAGCGAACAGCUGCACCAAGCGUCGGGGGAACCGAACUACGGACAAAUGACCCGCGAAGGCAGCAGUGAAGUGGAAGCUGCUCCAGCCAGUGCAGACAACUCAAUCCGAAAACGAGGCAGACGGUCGUCUCGAAAAGGAUCCUCAUCCUCCGACACAAAGGUUGCGUGCAAAGUGAGUGCAAGCGUGCGACGUCUUCGUCCGUCCAAAGCGCUGUUGCAACUCGAAUCGGCCUCGGUCGCAGAGUGUGUCAAAGCUAUGGUCGAUAGCCGCACAGAAGCGACAUUGGUGACAGAUUCGAAAGGAUCGUUGACUGGAAUCUUGACAGACAAGGACAUUGCGCUGCGUGUGGUGGCACGAGGGUUGGACCCGAUAUCCACGAUCGCGCUCGAUGUGAUGACCCCAAACCCAUCGUGCGUAUCUCCACGUGCAUGUGCGAUCGAAGCACUGGAGCAAAUGGUAUCUGGCCAGUUUCGCCACUUGCCUGUCGCGGACAACGGCAGCGUCGUGGGGAUUUUGGACAUUGCCAAGUGUUUGUACGAUGCGAUUUCGAAGAUUGAGAACGCGUACAUGGCAUCGUCAAGUCAGUUCUCCGAGUCGAUGCAAAAGCUGGACGCAAACAUUGGAGACAAGGAGGCAUCGCUGUUUGAAAAGAUGCGGGAAACCCUCUUCUUGCCCACGUUGAGCUCACUCAUCGACGGACGCGCCGACGUUCCUGAAAUUGUCGACACGGCGACGGCCCGGGACGCGUCUUUACUCAUGCUGGAGACAAACUCGAGCGCCGUGAUGGUGUUUGGCGAGGCAGGGAUCAUGGAAGGGAUCUGCACGACGAAGGACCUCAUGCGCCGCGUGCUUGCCGCCGGACUUGACCCGGAAACGUGCCUCGUGCGAGACAUCAUGACGGUCAAGCCCGAGUACGCCCACCUGAACACGACCAUCCUGGAUGCGCUGCACUCGAUGCACGACGGCAAGUUCCUCCACUUGCCCAUUCUCAACGACGAUGGCGUCGUCGUCGGUCUUGCGGACGUCCUCCAAGUUACAUGCGGCGUUGUCCAUCACAUGGGGAGCUUCCAGCAACAGCACACAGCAAAUGUGAACCCCGUGUGGAACCAGUUUUGGAAUUCAAUGUUCAAUCCCCCGACAACGCCCUCGGCAUCCUCGCCAUCGUCUCGGGAGGCCGCCGCCGCCCCACCCAUCGGAACCGCCUCCCAUGCCUCGGCGACGUCGUCAGCAUCGUCCUUUCCGCGGUAUGACCACGACAGUGCCACGUUUGCACCGCCGCUAGAGCUACCUGCUGCACCGCUAACAUUUGCGUACAAACUGACCGAUUUGGUGCACCACACACAUCGCUUCACCGCGACUGCGACCGACUUGGCCGAACUCUUGCAACAAGUGCGCGAUCGCACCGGCCUUCUCCAUGAAGACGUAAACUUAUAUUAUGUCGACGACGAGAAUGACACGGUGCUUUUGUUUGCCGACCAAGAUUUGAAGGAUGCGGUGGCGCUCGCGACGGAGCACUCGGCCGCGUACCUACGUCUUAAGGUUCAACCGGCAGCCGCUGUCGCAGACAAGGAAACGGACGACUCGUUGGAAGAUCUGCCGAAUCUCGAGGCCCCACGGACCGACCGACCAGCGCUGUCCGACUCGAUGAUGCUCAAGAUCCGGCAGGGUAGCCUCGUCACGGCGUUAACGAUGACGGUCGUCGGCACGGCCAUGAUGCUUGCCAAGAGAAAGUAGUCUGAAAGAUGUCGUGAUGGGAAUGCCAUUCAUGGUUUACAUCUUUGUUGUCGAACUAUGGUGUCGAGUGUCGCUCGCGAACUUUGAGCAGCAUGGCGACACACAGUUGACGAAUGUCGGCCGCCACU